AGUAGGAUUUGGAUUGAUUAUUUAGUACGUAGUAAUUCCCGACAGGGAUAGCUAGCACAUUCGUGAUAUCCUGGCUGUAGAGGUAUGGAUUAAAUUGAUUGGAAUAUGUGAAUUAAUCUGGAUAGGAUAGGUAGUGAAUCCCAGUGUUUCUCCCAGAGCUUUCUCCCAUUGAAUUAAACCCGACAUUUUAAUUUGCUUGUUUUGUUUAAUUACUUUGCUAGUAGAUCAUAGUUUCAUCUCAUUAAACAUUUUCCCAUAUAGUUUGCUCAAUAAAAAUUGAGAGAACUUAAGGUUGUACCAGUCCCUGAGAGACGAUACCCGGACUUUCCGGAUUACUACAAGAUAGGAAUUGGCAUAUACGCUUUUGACCUAUCAAGUUUUUGGCGCCGUUGCAGGGGACUGCCAUACCUUAUUUUUAUUGAUUUUUGUGAGUGAACUAUUUUGAUCUGGGUGUUAGUGUGCAGGUGAAUUUUUCAGGUUUAUCCUCCUCGUGCAUGCCAAGGAGGACGACUGGCAAUUUACUGCCACUAGAUCCCGAGAUCGAGAAGACCUGCCGACAGAACAGGAAGCAGGUCAAGUUAGGGAAGCAACCUACCACAUCCACAACUCCUAGGCCUUCCCUAACUCAGAAUCGUCAACCGAGAAGGCAGGUGUCACCACCUGUCAUCCCUACACCACCUACACCACCGCCGCGCGUCAUGGAGCCUAUCAUCAUGGCAGAACAGGAUCGUUCGAUCAGGGCUCGUCUGAAUCGGAGGACUGGAGCCCGAGCUUUAUGUGUUGUCAUUCCGGCUGGGGAUGCAAACAUGGAGAUUACCCCAGCCUUCAUCAAUAUGAUCACUAAUGGGUAGACCUUCUCAGGGGCCAGCAUCGAGAUCCUCAUGAACAUCUUCGCCGGUUCGCAAGCAUUUGUGAUACGAUGAAGAGCCCGACUGUGUCUGAUGAUGCCAUCCGUCUUCGGAUGUUCUCAUUUUCUCUGCUAGGGAAAGCAUCACACUGGUUCCAGAACUUGACACCCCGUUCCAUCACAACAUGGGGUUAGCUUGAGAAGACCUUUUUGGAUAAGUACUUUCCUCCUGCCAAGGCAAUGAAGAGGCAAGAGGAAA